AUGGCAUCAAAAAACUGCCUAGUUAAAUACCUAGAAGCUGUCGAGACCCUGGGCUCUACGUCGACCAUAUGCUCGGACAAAACGGGCACGCUCACUCAAAACCGUAUGACCGUGGAGCAUUGCUAUCUGGGCGGACACAUCUACCGUAUGAGUCACGUCAAGGAGGAAGUAGACGCCGACACGCAGGACAUACAGGACUGUUGGCAAGCCUACAACCGGUGCGCGCGGCUCUGCUCUCGCACAGAGUUUACCGACGAUAACCCGGACAUUAUGAAGAGGGCGGCCGCGGGCGACGCCAGCGAGACAGCUAUCCUCAGGUUCAUGGAGUCGGUCACCGAUAGGCCGGUUAUGCAGUACAGGCAGGGCUGGCCAAAAGUGGCCGAACGGCCGUUUAGCUCGACCACAAAGUACCAGUUUUCCAUACAUCGGAAUCCGGUGCCCGACCCUAAUCUAAAUAACAAUUUCACCCUGGUGAUGAAGGGCGCGCCCGAGCGUAUUAUUAAGCUGUGCUCUACGAUUGUGACGGCUGAGGGCCAGUCGGUGCCCAUGAAUGACCGCCAUUUGGCUGAGUUUGAGUCGGCCUAUAGGGAGUGGGGAUCGAUGGGCGAACGGGUGCUCGCGUUUUGCGAUACAGAGUUUACGCAGUUUCCGACUGAUUACAAGUUUGAUCUGGAUAAUGAGCAACAUUUUGAGCUCGAUAAUUUUCGUUUUCUGGGUCUGGUAGCACUCAUUGAUCCGCCAAGAGCGACGGUUCCGGACGCGGUGGCCAAAUGCCGUACAGCGGGCAUCAAAGUGAUCAUGGUCACCGGCGACCAUCCAAUCACCGCUCAGGCAAUCGCAAAAAUGGUGGGCAUAUUCACGGACUCUCACCGGCGGUCGACCCGUAUUCAAGACCCAAAGGUAAACCGCGUGAGUCGGGGUAACAGCGCGUCGAUUGUAGUGCCGGGCGAUGAGUUGGCGCACAUGUCUGACCCCGAGCUCAGGGAAAUACUGCACGACUACCGGGAGAUUGUGUUCGCCCGGACGUCACCGCAACAGAAGCUGCGAAUCGUCGAGAACUGCCAAUUCUUGGGCCAAAUAGUGGCCGUC